AUGUCAUCGGGAAUUUUCCCGAUCAGCAGCGAUGGAAACAAAAGUAGCUACCGCGAAUUGAUUGUGUCUUCCAUAAAAAAGAGAUCUACCCUGUAUGCCAUUAUCGCCUUAUCGCUCCUGAAUAUUGUACUCCUCACAAACACACUUUAUCGGGCCCAAAACUCGGUACAAAAAGUGUCAACGGGGCAUCCGACACUAUCUCCUAGACCACCAAAUGUCCAUGCGAAUGCGACGGAGUUCAUUAAACCACAGAAUGUUGUCAUUAGUGGCCUUGUCUUCUACGGUCGUCCUGAUCGUGUCCAGUCCAUGCGCUGCUACGUUGAUCGUAACUUAGUCACCAAUGGUGGCUGGUUGGAUGAAGUUUUAUGGGUCGUUAAUACCGAGAAUAAAGACGACUUGAAGUACCUCGAUGAAGUCCUGGCCAGCUCUCCACGAUACAAAAAGCUUGACCUUGGAAAAAAGGUCCGGGGACCAGAAUUCAGGAAGAUAUGGAAGCAUAUGGAAAGGGGGAAGAUAUACGUUAAAAUAGAUGAUGAUGUGGUUUGGCUAGCGGAUGACACCAUUCCUCGAAUUGUUGACCGAAAAUUAAGGCACCCCAAUGAUUUCGCUGUAUCUGCAAACAUAAUCAACAACCCUCCGUUGAGUUUCAUGCAUUACCAUGUCGGUGCCCUCCACCCUUACUUCCCUGAACUAGAAGGUGGCAAACCAUCGGCAAAAGUCAGCAAUAAUACGUCAUGGAAACCAUCCGAGCAUCCAGAUUGGGAAGGGCCAGAUAAUUUCGAAUGGGCCCUUGAUGCUCCUCCUCCCGCAAAAGGUCAUCGAUGGCUGCGUGUCAAAGAUGACAGGGCCAUUGUCCGCACGCCGGUGACUCACUUGAAGUAUGAAAUGUGGGGCGAUACGUAUACAAGCUGGGCAAUCGCCGCCCAACAGCAUUAUUCAUUUUUAGAAAAUCUGGAGAAGGAUCGGCUUGACGUGUACAAAUUCAAUCUUCCAUGGAAUAUGGAUAAUGAGCGCAUCAGAAUUAACCUCCUCGCUAUUUGGUCCGACGAUAUACUUGACAGCAACAUAGAUAGCUGGCCUAAGGAGCGCAGUGACGAGGAGAUGGUUGUUAUGGAGCUUCCUAAGAUGUAUAGCCGACCUGUCCAAAUCGUGGGAGAAGCUCUCGCCGCCCAUUUUAACUUCCAGCAUCAACCCGGAGUGGCAGAAACAGAUCUGUUGAGUCGAUACAGUUCUCUCGCCAGGGAACGUUCAUGUCUUCGGAAAUCAACACCGGAGUCUUAA